AUGUGUGUAUGUGCGCGUCCGGGCAAACUCCUACCCUACGGAUUGGGAUGCAAUCAAGAACUUUUUAGUCCUUUGGAUAAGCCAAACAAUAAAAUGAUGAUUCAUUCAGGAUUGACGCUGUUGGGAGUAGCAUUUGAAAUCGGAGCAGACGCCAUUGGGAAACACGAAUCACUUUAG